AACCCAACACUGCCGUCGCCGAGCACGCAGAGGCAGAUCGACGAGGCGCGCACCGCCGUCGUGGCAUCGCUCGGCAACAUGCUCGACCGCGAGCUACAGGGCCGCGGCGCGCUACUGCACGCCAACAACGCGGCUAUCGAGCGUCAAGAGCGCGACGUGUCGCGCGCUGCCGAUGCCCUGCGCCGCGAGAAUGACAAGCUCACCCGCCUCGCCGCCGACCACACCCGCAAGGUCAAGGAGAUUGGCAACGUGCAGAACUGGGCCGAGAUGCUCGAGCGCGAGUUUCUUAUUGUCGAGGAGACGCUGCGCCUGGUCAGGGAGGGGAGCGGGAGCGGCAGUGGGAGCUGGAGUGGGAGUGGGAGCUGGUCGCGGAGCGAGUCGGGCGACGAAGGGGACGGCGGACGCCGGGAUGGCGACGUGGAUGGUGACGGC